CAGUGGCGCGCGCCGUGGGAAACCUGACAAGCAGCAUGGCUGCCGAUGGUUCAGAGGCGCAGCGGCCGAAUGCGGCCUCUGACGGGUCCCUGGUAGGAUCGGCAGGCGUCCUGCCUUGCCUAGAGCUUCCUACCUAUGCUGCUGCUUGUGCGCUGGUGAAUAGCCGCUACUCCUGCCUGGUGGCCGGGCCACACCGAAGGCACAUCGCGCUGUCGCCUCGCUACCUUCAUAGGAAACGCACCGGCAUCCGAGAGCAACUAGAUGCGGAGCUCCUGCGCUAUUCCGAGAGUCUUUUAGGUGUCCCCAUUGCAUAUGAUAACAUCAAAGUGGUCGGUGAACUGGGAGAUAUUUAUGAUGAUCAAGGACAUAUUCAUCUUAACAUUGAAGCAGAUUUUGUUAUUUUCUGCCCUGAACCGGGGCAGAAGCUUAUGGGUACAGUUAAUAAAGUGUCUUCUAGCCACAUUGGCUGUUUAGUGCACGGGUGUUUUAAUGCUUCCAUUCCUAAACCUGAGCAGUUAUCAGCUGAGCAGUGGCAAACCCUGCAGAUAAACCUGGGUGAUGAACUAGAGUUUGAAGUAUUUCGUUUAGACUCAGAUGCUGCUGGAGUAUUCUGCAUUCGGGGAAAACUAAAUAUCAACAGUUUACAAUUUAGGAGCUCAGAAGUUUCUGAAGAAGUAACAGAAACUGGCACUGAAGAAGUUGUUGAAAAGCCUCCAAAGAAGAAAAAGAAAAAGAAGAAAGACCCAGAGACAUAUGAAGUGGACAGUGUAACCAUAACGCAAGCAGAUUUUGCAGAUGAUGCCCCAAGGGAAGAAUUAGACCUGCAGCUUACUAAUAAUGUGAAUGGUCUCUGUGAGGAAGAGCCAAAGAAGAAGAAAAAGAAGAAGAAAAAGCACCAGGAAGAUCAGGACCCUGUUUUCCAAUGCAGUGACUCCAGUGGUUACCAAAGUGACCAUAAAAAGAAAAAAAAGAAAAGAAAACACAAUGAAGAGGCUGAAUUUACCUCACCAAAAAGAAAAGGGAAAAGUAAUUUUCUUCAGUGCAUUGUAAAUAUGGGUCAGUUUUUAAAAGAUCGAUUUACACAUAAUAGAUGAGUAAAUAUUUUGAAUGAUAUGAAAUGCUUAUGCAUAUCAGUGGUUUGCAAAACAGGAAACACUUGAUUAAGAGUUGGAGGUUCUGUGUGCUAAAUAUUAUAAAACUGACUAUAAAUUAAUUUGGGGAAUACCAGUACUAUUAAAGUACCAUUUUAUUUUAUACAUAAUAAAAAGGUAAAAGCUGCUCUCACUCUUGACCCUUAUAUUCUCUCAGUUUUUACCCUCUACAUAAAAUUAUUUCUGUCAUCUUCAUACAAUAUUAUUAAUAUCAUUAAAGAAUGAGUUAAGUUUG